AUGGACAUCGACAAUCCAGGCAACAUCGCGCCAGAUCAACCUCAGGAUGAGCAUUCACCUCUGGCCUUUCUGGGCUCACCUAGCUCAUUCGGCAACGCUUUCCCGCUUCCUCUGCGGAUCCAGUUCCUCGUCGCCUUUGGCCUGGCAGCCUGGGCGACCAAUCUACACAUUCUUGCGUUGUUGGGCAUAGAUACAGCCAAAGUACUCGACGUUCGGCUCAAUGAUGAUCCCGCUUGGCUGUCACGACCUUCGGGGAGCCCGCCAAACGGUACAGAAGCGUCCAAUGGACAUGCACACGGGCUUGGACAAUCGAAUGAUCAUACUCAUACUUCGGGACUCACCUCGACGCCCAUGUCGAACGCGUCUUCAUCCUCGGCAGGCAAGAGCCAGUAUAUCCAUCCGUCGAGGCUAUACCCACCCAUCUAUGCGCUAGCUGGUCUUGCGCUCCUUUGGGUCUUGACGGGCUGGUGUUUCUAUCGCGUGCUCGGCGGUGGAACCGACCUCAAGCGCGAACGAGCGGGCGCGCUUGCUGAAUGGCUUCCUGCGGUUUUCGGCAUCAUCUUGAGCGCGGCUCUCAUCGGUCCAUGGGAUCGUCUGAAGCGCAAAGAACGCUACAUGGGACUCAGGUGUGCCAAGCGAUCCUUGCUGGACGGUCUUUAUUCGAGCGUGCCCUUCUGUGAUGUCAUAUUUGCCGAUAUCCUCACAUCGUAUGCCAAAGUGCUUGGCGACGUCUGGGUGUGUACAUCGAUCAUGUUUGGCCGAGAGGCCACGGAUGCGAUAGGCGGCAGAUGGGCAGUCGCUAUCAUGACAAGUCUGCCGUAUGUUGUACGUCUCCGCCAAUGCCUGGCAGAAUACUUCACUACGCCGGCGAAUUACGCGCCAAUCAACAAUGCUAAUCCUUAUACGCUCGCUCAACCGCCAGCGUCCACGCCUUCAGAUCCGCGGACACGAGCGUUGUUCAACGCAGUCAAGUAUGCCACGGCCUUCCCUGUCAUAUUCCUCUCGGCGAUGCAAGGCAAGCAUGAAGAGAUCUUUCGCAACUCGACAGAAGAGCAGACUACCGGCGUCUGGCUCGGUCGAUGGGCGCUCUUCAAUUUAUGGAUGCUUUCUGUCUUUGCCAAUUCGAUGUAUUCCUUCUGGUGGGACGUCACGAAUGAUUGGGGGCUCUUGCUUUGCUUGCCGUCUGGCUGGACAGCUCUGUCGGGUCACGUACAGUCAGCCUAUAUGCCUGCCCGACCAGCAACGUUCAGUUCGCCGAGACACCGCGCUCAGCCAUUGCCCACACCCUCCAAUAAACCGCACUAUCGAUCGGGCAGCAUGCCCGCAGCGAGACACAGCGUCAGUAAGAGUACGAGCAUCUCUGGCAAUGCUACCUUGCCGCGUAUACCCGGCCUGCCCACGACGCCCAAUGAUAUUAUCGGCGAAGAGCGCAUGCAUGGGAAUGGCAAUGGCUCACCUCCGAAUGCAGAGGCGACAGAAUCGAGCAAUGGCAAGAAUGCCAGCGGCCUGUAUCCGCCGCAGCCUAGUUAUGCACCGAAGCGCUCGCGUCACGGAAGCGUCAUCUCAAUCUCGCUUACGCAUGUCAGCACAGGGGCAUAUCCGUUCUUGAGGCCUGUGCUCCUGCUGGCAGACCCAACGAUAUACUAUCUUGCGAUCGGCAUCGACCUCUUGCUACGGUUCACGUGGUCACUCAAGCUUUCCAGUCAUCUGCACGAGAUACACGAGAUCGAGCAGGGGAUCUUCCUCAUGGAAGCUCUCGAAGUCAUUCGACGCUGGAUGUGGUGCUUCUUGCGCAUAGAAUGGGAAGCUGUCCGGAAGGGCAUCCUCACGGCUUCUCACAGCAAUGGCUCCAAUGCCGGGAUUCCGCUUAGCACCCUAGAUGAAGACGAAGAGAGUCGACCCCUCGAACCAGCUCAAGAUCGCGCUUGA